AUACCAAUAAAAUCAAUCAAUCAAUCUUUAUUUUAUAUAGCGCCUUUCAUAAUGGACCACCAUCACAAAGUGCUUUACAAGAUAGUGAGGAACAAUGCAUAAUACAUUAAACACAGUGAAAUACAGGGCAUAGUACAUUAAAUACAAAUAGUUAAAAACAAUGCAUUUUGUUCCAAAAGAAAGAGGAGAAAUCAUGGCAGGUAAGAGAGGAGGAUGAAUUGGGAGAUUGGUUUAUCAAUGGCUGGAUGCAGGAUUUGAUCAAUGGUUUUGAAGAGAAUAUUUGGUUUACCUUUUCCCAGGAUAUGAUUUCAGAGAAGUACUUCAUUCUGACAGCAGCGAGCGCACGCCUGUAGCUACUGAGGUGAUCGGUCCAAAUCUCUCUGUGAACUGUUAGUCCAUAUGACUCCCAUUGCUCUCAGACUUGCAGCAGGCAGACUUAAGUAGUCAAAGUUUGAGGGUAUACCAUGGGCAGUUGCGAUGUUUCUUCACUGUUCUGGUUGUAAGCUUGGCAACUGUGUCGAUGAUCUGAGUAAGGGUGGCGUUGUAGAGGGAAGGCAAGGAUCAUGGUAGGAUCAAGCAAAUCAUGAAAUACCAUACUUGAAAGUUGCAAGGAUGAAUCAAGAAUAGGGAAGGGUUUCAUGCAUGCCUUGCACAAUAAAUGCCAGGGUUUGUGUGGAUGACGCAAGAGAUGACAUGAAGAAAUGUACAAGAUUUGAACUUGAAAUAACUGCAUGGAGUAUGCUUUGUGUUUUGUAUGUUUUGUGCAAAGCAUGCAAGAAAUACUUCUUAUCCUUGGAUAAUCAUUGCUUAAAACUUGUAUUAUAGGGUUUUGCAGGUCUUGCUUGAUCCUAACGUGAUACUUGUGUUUUUAUUGUUAUGGGUACUGAAUUGAAGCUGUCACUAAAAAUUCAAUAACUUCUCAAAUUAUUCAUUCCUCACACACAAAAUUACUCACAAUCUGAUUGGCAAAAAAAAAAAAGGUCCUUAGUCCCCAGUAAUUCCUAUUUGAUACCUCAUCACCGAAUCAAAUUGGAAGUAACCCUAACCCUAACCCUAACCCUAUGCACCACAAGAAGAACAUGAAAAAAUUAUUUAAGGAACAACUGGCCUAUCUGUGACUCUUUAAUUGAAUUACAUAUUGUUAUAUUUCCAUAUAAAAAUUCAACAUACAGAAGGAGAUAUACUAGCCUAUUGGCAACACAUUAAAAAAAAAAAAAAAAAACGGGCCAUGUCUAAGUACAGUGAGUAAAUAUUAAUUAAUUACAUAACUGCUGUGUAAAUAGUAAACAAAUGGGCCUUAUAUACGAGGCAGUGGUCUACAUAUUGUAUGAUCCUUUCCACUGAUGUUAACACACCCUGAAUAGCCCUGAAUGUCAUUGUAUUGCCUUUCAUUGCUUUAAUUUGCACGCCAGUGGUUUAAUAGACACGGUGUGUCAGUAAAACUGACAGGUGGAACUCUCAGAAAAUUAUAUAUUCUUUGUAUAUUCUUUCCAAUUGGUUGUGCAAUAUGGCAAGAAAACUCAUUGGUGACUGACUACCUGCUUAAGUGAAAACUCUUUUAACGCUUUCUGUAUUUUACUGACUACUAUUAGCAUUAUAAAAUAGUGCUAUACUCAUAUUUUCUGCAAUUAUACCUGCUUUGUGUUCAUUUUCAUUUUGUGUGUACCUAAACUUCGAUAUCUAUCUUAAAGGGGUAUUUUUUAACAUAACUUAACAUGGCCAUCAUUACUGUAUUUAGCUUGUUCUUGUUGAAAGAAAACAUACCUUACUGAACAUGUGAAAAUAUUUCUUAUAAAAUCUGUCCAUUAUGUGAUUUUUUUCUGCUAUUUACCCAGAGACAUGCAGUAGAAAGAUGUUUUUUUCUCAGGAAUACCUGCACACACAAUACCAUUUUGCAUAAAAUAAUGCAAAAUUGUUUUGGGGAUCUUUGAUUUCAAAAUACAUAGUUUGCGUUAUGACAAAGUGUCAUCGAUUGUAGAAUCAAAGAGUAAUAUUGCUAAAAUAUCGAUUAAAAUAUCAGAUAGCGGCAUUUAGUUUGCAAUCAUGUUUCCUAUUGGCAGCGCUAAGCCAAUAGGAAACAUCAUCGAUAAGGUUAGGACGAUGACAGCGUCAGAUAAUUUUAUCCCAUGUUUCCCACAUGAACAUACACCCUUGAUUAACGGAGCAUUUCCUCAAACACUUACAUCAGUUUCUACACCAUUGCUGUAAAGAUAGGCUACUCUGUUUCAUUUAACUGGGAACAUCUGGAAGUUAAUGGGUUCAGAGAUGAGUGUUGCACAACAUGAUGUACCUGCUGUGGUUUGUCAAGGGACAAAACACUUUACGCAAACAUGCUGGAUUCCCAAAUCCUGAACACAACUAUGCAUCAACUAUGCAUCAAGUGUUGUCAAGUUAACCAUUCGCUUUAAAACAAAGUGUAUGUUUGCAUGCACAAAGUAUCCUAAUGUAAACUUACUGAAUAAACAGCCCAGGAAACAUCUUUACAUGACUGUCAUUGCUCUCUGCUGACUGCUGCACUGUUUUUACCCCUUCUAAAUAAGGAAGCAGCCUGUCAGACAUAUGACCAUCAGACCAAUUUGGGCUCUGCCAAGGUCCCCAUCACAUCCCCUGAUCACACAAAGCCAUCCAAUGAGACCACAUUCCCAAUCUCGUCUGUUCAGCCGAACUCCCAGAAGACUUGGCAUUGCGGGUCAGUGCUACAGUUCUUGCUGAGUUGUAAAUUUGCUUUUGGUGGGAUGCUGGUCAGAAUGAUGUCAUAAAGGUGCAGAUAGCUGGCAGUGUAUAAAGAUAAUUCAGAUUUUAUACUCUGAGGCCAGCGUUGCCCGUUCAGAGAGAGCCCGGAGCUGCAAAACAUGGUCUUCACCACCGCCACCUCAAGCUCUGCUGGUCGAUCUCCAUUUUCAGGAACGCUGCUGUCAGGCUUCAGUUUCAUGUCAGAAAUCCUGAUCUGCCUUCCAAAAAUAAGCUGCCGCCAUGCUGAAGGAAGCAAAACAAGAAGGGCGGUAUUUUUAGGGUCAUUAAUUGGGACCACGUGCCCAGGAGGUGAACCGGAUGGCUAUUGCACAAAGGUGGCUCAUCACUAUGUCCUACGAGGCCAGCACUCACUGGACGUUUUCUGCGAUUGUUCUCUUGGGGUUUGUGGUGGGGAUUGUGUCAUCAUAUCCAAUUCCAAGCAGGACUAACGAUGCAUCGUUGGAGAGGAGAUGGGAAACUAUGUUUUCCCGGUCUAUUCUUGGGAUCUCAGGGGAGAACUCAGAACUGAACUGGGAGAGUGACUAUUUACUGGGGAUUAAGAGAGUCCGGAGGCUUUACUGCAAUGUAGGCAUCGGGUUUCACCUUCAGGUCCUACCAGAUGGAAGGAUAAACGGAAUCCAUACUGAAAACCAGUACAGUCUAAUAGAAAUCUCAACAGUAGAGCGUGGAGUUGUUAGCCUGUACGGGGUGAAGAGUGAGCUGUUUGUGGCAAUGAACACCAAAGGACGGUUAUAUGGAACGGCUGUUUUUCAUGAGGAGUGCAAGUUCAGGGAGUCCCUGCUUCCCAACAAUUACAAUGCAUACGAGUCCUCAGCCUACAGCGGCUCCUACAUUGCACUCAGCAAGCAUGGGAGAGUCAAGAAAGGAAGUAAAGCCUCGCCUUCCAAGACAGUGACACACUUUCUUCCAAGAAUAUGAAGAAAGAAGCCAUCAGCAAUUUGAUUUUCCAUAACUUGCACAUGUUAUAUUCUCCCAGGUAAAACAAAUAGUAUAUAUUCAUAGUAUUUAUUUUGUCAUUUAUAUAUGUAUAUUUGGUUAGUUCAAUUGGUAUUAGACUUUGUAUAUGCCAUAUUUUGCUGCUUAUUGUAUGUUAAUAUUAUUAUUAAUACCUAAGGGACUUAACGUUGGUCUCUUCACUUUCUAUAUGUGUGCUCACCAUGAGAUUUAACCCUGUCACAAGGAUGACAACUAUCCUUAGCUUUUAGAAGUGCAAUGGAUACUUUUUAUUACCUCAAAUAGUACCCUUCUGACUUACAAGGAUUCAUGAAGAUACGAUGAAUGGAACGUCCAUUUAUGUCUAGUCAUUUAAGAAGACUCGGUUUUCUUCCCAUACCACAGGGAAGUGCCCCGGUCAGAUUCCUUUUGGAUCUGGCUUCAUUGACUGUGCAGAAACCGCAGGCUGUCUUUAAAAGUGCAUUUUAAUACUGCAGCAGCAAAGCAAAGUUCCAUAGAAAGUAGCCUGAUACAUCAUCUAUUUCUUAGGUUUUUAACAAUGCAAAAGUAGAGAUGAUGGGCAAACACUGCAAUACAGUAAACUGGAACAACAGAAUAGCAAAUGAAAGGAAUAUACACCCCCCUUGUCAAGGAUAUGAAUAACAUAUUACAGGUCUCGAUUCCAUGAAAGCAUUGGUCACUGUGAUCCAGCAUAUCAUAGCAAAAUCCUAUUCAUGGUUUUAUUAAAACAGUUAAAGUGGUUCCCAAGAUAUAGCUUUCAUAGCUCAGACUACGAGCUACACAUGAGUUACACAUUCACCUAUGCAAAGUUCCACCAAAUUCAGCCAAGCACUUCCCAAGAUAUAUCCAUUAAUAAAUCAGAAGCCUAAGAUGCAAGGGGUCUUGCAGGGAAUAAUAGCAUGAAAUAUAAACAAACUGUCCUCACAGGGUUAAAUAUGCACGUAUGCAUUACUUUUAUAGUGUAUAAUUACAUGCAAAGGCUGCUCUUUGCUUUACCUUGAAAUAGAUGUCAUUUUGUUACUCAAAAAAUCUAGAAAAGACUUAUGGGACAACAUAUGUACAACAUAUUGUUUUUAUAACCCUGUAGGAAUGCCAAUGAUGCAGGGAUAUAGGCUCCUUCCCAAAUACCUAAGAAGUCCCUAUAAAAUGUCUGUCGAUUGGAGCCUUUAAAUUCCUGCAGCUCGCCCCAUUGAAACCAUUUGUAGUACAAGGUUAUGAAAUGUGUUCUUUGGUAGAGCAUUAGCACUUCUGGUUCCAAAUGUAAGAUUACUAGGCACUGCAGUGUCUGAAUUGAUGACUGAAGCCUGUGCAAGCUUGUAGGGCAAACACAUUGCUACCUGUGGCCCUAUUUCAGAGCACGCUCUAAAGCAAAGGUAGAUUUCCUCAGAGGAAUACAACAAGUGCAAUAAAAACAAUAACUGCUAUUUACAAGACGGUGCAGUCGAAUUACAGUUCCUAGGAGUUUGUUGAUGGGUUUAUUUUGGUAAAAUGAUUUAUUGCUUUAAAAUAGGGCCCUGAUGUCUUGACAUUUAAACAUGAGUAGCUUAAGCACUUUUAGUAGGAAGCAGUUGAAGCUCCUGCAUGAACAUGUUUUAUUAAUCACCAAAUGUUACCUGGAGUGCCUUCUUUAGCAAUGCGUGUGCCAAGAGCAGGUAGACAUUGUUUAAGGAAUACGUAUUGUAAUUUUGAAAUAGUAGCUUUUUACUGUAACUUGCGCCCAAUCACCAUUUAAUUAUGUCAGUUCAAUGUGACUAUAUAUAUAUAUAUAUAUAUAUAUAUAUAUAUAUAUAUAUAUAUAAGUCAAUGGACAAAUGGGAUAAACCCAGGAGUUUUAACAGCUGGAUUAUACAAAAGUAUUACUAGUGCUGUUUAUUUCUAUAGUAAUAAUGUUGUGGGUUCAAAUAGAUGGAGUGUGGAAUGAGUUGUGUGGACAAGUGUUGCUAUAGAUUGUUGUAUUAUGAGGGUUUUUUUGCUUCUACUGUAUGAACACCAUGUUUACAGAAACAGCAAAAAAAAACAUGUUACAUACGUGAUUAAGCAACAGAACUACGAUUGGAGGGCAAUACAAGGUCAGCUACCAAGGUAAUGCCCGAUAAGUGUUUGCUGCUGUUAAACUAUGCGUGAUAAAAACUAUACACAAAACCAAAGGAUUAACGGCAUUUUCUCAAAACAAUGUGUGCCCAUGCAACUAGUUGUGAGAUAAUAAUGAUUUAGGGUAAAGCGAUAAGGGAACAUGCGGAUUUGUGUAGGUGGUGCAGAAAUGAUAGCAUGCUGAAUGUGAGAUGAUGUAUUGUGAAGUUUAAGAGGCUGAAUGACUGCUAUGUAAACAGCCAGGUGGGUUUGA